ACGUGCACAUGCGCACAGGAGACCAGCCAAACCUUUAAAUAGCGUUCUGCGGGCGCAUGCAGCCUCUUUCCCUGCCGCCGCCGAGUUGCGCGGAGGCGGAGGCUUCGGUGUGGUCAAGAUUCGGCUUCACCCGUAACCCGCCGCCAUGGCCGAGGAAGGCAUUGCUGCUGGAGGUGUAAUGGACGUCAAUACUGCUUUACAAGAGGUGCUGAAGACCGCCCUCAUCCACGACGGCCUCGCCCGCGGAAUUCGCGAAGCCGCCAAAGCCUUAGACAAGCGCCAAGCCCAUCUUUGUGUGCUUGCAUCCAACUGUGAUGAGCCUAUGUACGUAAAGUUAGUGGAGGCCCUUUGCGCUGAACACCAAAUCAACCUAAUUAAGGUUGAUGACAACAAGAAACUAGGGGAGUGGGUAGGCCUCUGUAAAAUUGACCGAGAGGGAAAACCCCGUAAAGUGGUUGGAUGCAGUUGUGUUGUGGUGAAGGACUAUGGCAAAGAAUCUCAGGCCAAGGAUGUCAUCGAAGAAUACUUCAAAUGCAAGAAAUGAAUAAAUAAAAAUUUUGGCUCACUUUA